AUGAGGAUACCUACCCUGGAUCAGUCAACCCGUUUCCUCGUGGAAAAGGAGGAUACACUCCGUUGCCCUGUCGCACAGGAUGAUUACAAGUCCAAGUUGCGUUGCUCGUCGCCAUGCUCCUCGACCUUUUCAAGUAUGCCCCCAUGGGCGUUAUGUCAUCUUCCCCCACGGUCGAUGCCUGUGGUAGCCACCCCAACGUGGGACCCAGGAAGCUGCGCAACCGAGUCUGCCACACCCUCAUUGUUCGUCCCUCCAAUCAGAGGUUAUCCACCUUUUCACUCCCUCCGGUCGUUCCAAGUACGUACCGCAUCCGCGUAUUCUCUGAUCCCAUCCAGCACCUUUACUACGUGUCGGUUGGGGCCGGGGGCCGGGGGACCCUUAUACCAAACAUAG